AUGCGUGGCUCCAUACAACAUUCAGAUCCUGAUACGGUGCUCUGCUCGUGGGCCCCGCUCCAUCAAGCUUUUGAAAUAGGCUUCUAUGAACCUUUCGCUCUCCCAAUCGAUCACGACAACUCUUCCGUGGGCGAGUAUCUGAAUCGGUACUGGGUCAGCGAGGAGUAUUACAAGCCAGGCGGUCCAGUCUUCAUUUAUGACGUUGGCGAGUCAACUGCCGAACAUGUCGCCCCAACUAUGCUGGGCAACUCAACAUCGUUCCUGGGGCAGAUGAUGCAGGAGUUCAACGGUAUCGGAAUCGUCUGGGAACAUCGGUACUACGGCGCCUCUCUGCCAUACAACGUCAGCAACCAGACUCUGCCGGAACAUUUCCAGUAUUUGACGAACAGCCAAGCUCUGGCCGAUAUCCCUGUUUUUGCGGCCAACUUCACUCGCAAGAACGUCAACGCCACCUUGACUCCUGAUUCUACCCCCUGGGUGAUGCUUGGUGGCUCGUAUGCCGGCAUGCGAGCAGCUUUCACGCGCAACGAGUACCCGGAAACCAUUUUUGCGGCUUAUGCUUCCUCUGCGCCCGUUGAAGCCCGGGUCGACAUGAGCGUGUAUUUCGAUCAGGUGUAUGACGGCAUGGUCGCCAAUGGACAUUUGAACUGCACCCGCGAUAUCAAGGCCGCCCUUGGGUAUAUCGACGAACAAUUAUCCACUCCUGCAACUGCGGCCCUCAUCAAGCAGAAAUUCUUGGGCAAAGGCGCCGAGACCAACAGUAAUGGAGACUUCACCGCUGCGCUGGCCGUCAUUUACGGGGUUUUCCAGAGCUACGGGCUCGACGGCGGCAUUCUCGGGCUUGGGAGCUUCUGCGAGCACCUGGAGACCGAUGCCGAGACCGGGAACCCGGCGCCCGCGGGCGGGUUUGCAGAGACUCGGGGCAACGAGUACGCGGCAGAGCGGUAUGCUUCCUGGCCUGUUUUCCGGCAACUGGUCAAUAUGAAUUAUCAGACCAACUGCAACAAGACGGAGGCUAGUGAGCCCCUGGUGUGUAACCUGGGCCAGGGGGCUGUCGAUCCGGACACCAUCAGCUGGACGUGGCAGUAUUGCACCGAAUGGGGAUAUUUCCAAAGUAACAAUUUUGGCCCUCACUCGCUGCUUUCCAAGUACCAGACUCUGGAAUAUGUGCAGGAGGGUUGUUAUCAAACUUUCCCUGCCGCGUUGGAGCAAGGAUAUCUCCCGGCACAGCCCGAGGUUGACGCGACGAAUGCCGCGACCGGGGGCUGGACGAUCCGCCCGUCCAAUGUAUAUUGGAGUGGAGGACAAUUUGACCCCUGGCGAACACUUUCACCCCUUGCUUCAGGGCCCUCAGAUCCCCACGUGACAUUGACCACUGAGGUCCCGGGAUGUGGCGUGAAGACCAGUGAAGACACGCUGUUUGGCUAUGUGAUGCCUAACGCAGAACAUUGCUUUGAUUUCCGCGCGGGUGAGCCUGGAGAACAGUCCCGUCAAUACUUUAAAAAGGCCUUGCAGGAAUGGCUGCAGUGUUUUAAGGCGUUGUAA